AGAGAGAGCAGGCCCUUGCACACCUGAGCACACGUCUUCGACUAUCCGGUUCACGCGUCGCACUCUUCCCUACCACCAAACAACCUCCAGCAACUGUACGCCACACGCGCCAUGCAACCGGCAGGCGGCGGACAAGCCUCACGCGGCGGUGGCGCGUCUUCGCGACCAUCCCCGAAUGCAUCGCUCACAUCGAAGGGAGCUCCCGAAGCGUCAACAUACGGCAACGGUCGCAGUAGCGGUGGAGGCGGCGGCAGCGGCGGCCUUUCACUACCGGGCCGGCGCCCGGUCGCUACGACCGCACACCCCAUGCCCCGCCCGUCUCCUCUUGCCGGGAGAAUAGCAGCUUCAGCGUCUGGGGGAAUGCGUCGUUUCAAUACCGCCCAGACGCCCCGUGCUGCUCCUGCUGCUGCUCCUGCUGCUGCUGCUGCUACUGUUACCGCUGCUGCCAUCGCCGCUGCUGCUGUCGAUGUUCGAGCUGUUGCCGCAGGCGUUGCUGCUACUGCUGUUGGAGCUUACCGUACGGCGAGCCCUGACACCAGCGAGAGGUCUCUGGCGAUGAGAAGGAUAUCACAGCAGUCGUCUACUGGAUGUUGUGCUGGUUCUACUUCUUCACGGCGAGACGAUGCCGAACUCUCCCAGGAACGCCCCGCUUGUUGGGUCCCGGGGGCCGCGGCGUUGAACGAGGCAUUGUCGGCCACCGGCGGCUCUCCCGCGACGCGCCCUCCCGGGACCUCCACUUACCGCCGUCCCCCUCGCGGAGAUGCCGGCGGCGGCCCCGGUACCACUGGCGAUAGGCCUGGUGCAGGGAGGUCUGGUGUGAGGAGGGUAGCAGGAGAAGAGGAGGAAGGGGAGGGGGGAGGGGGGGGCAGCGGGGCGCGGGGCAGGACCACCGGCGGCGGUGGAGCUUCGGGAACGUCCGGGCUUGGGGUCCACAGCCUCGACGUUGUCGCUCGACCCGCUCGUCCUCUGGCUUCUAGGCCAGUGAUGGAGAAGGAAAGGCCAACUCAUGGUUUCGAGGACAACAGUCACAGUAGCCUGCCUACAGUCGACCCUGAGCAGCAGCAGCAGGAGCAGCAGGAGCAGGAGCAGGAGGAGGAGUAUCAGCAGCAGCAACACCAGCAACACCAGCAGCACUACCAGCGGCAACAGCAGCAGUGGCAGCAGCACCACCAUCAUCACCAGUGGGCGGUUCAACAGGAACAACAGGGACAGGAGCAGCAGCAAGAGGAGCAGCAGCAAGAGGAGCGACAGCGUGAGGAGCAAUACAUGGAGGACCAGUUGGAGCGGAGUGAGGACGAGGAACAGCAGCACGAGGAGAACGGCAACGCGGACGCGUUGGAAGCUGCGGACACCGUCGACAAUGACAUGUUCCAACUGGCCGACGCAGAGGAGGACGCCGAACGCAACAAGGCAAAAAUGGAUCAAUGUGAGGCUUUGGUGAGACAAAAGCAGGAAGCUUUGGCCAGGUUUCGCAGGGAUUGCGAGGCGGAGGUGGAGCGUAUCAAGGCGGUCAUGGAGGAGCACGUGGCCCAGCUAGAGCUCAAGCUGAAAGGAGAAAUCCAAGUUUCUCUGGACGGAACCGUCAAAGCCAAGAUCGAACACAACCACAGGGACAAAAGCCGGGCCCGGAAAGCGCACCAGAUCCUGUCCUCCUUCUCCGCUGCCCCUCUGGUCUCCAAGAUGCGGCGUUUCGAUUGGCCCAUUCAUUCGGAUACGCUAUCAUCUUCCAGAUGCCCUCAGAGGCACACCUUUGCCAGGGAGCGUACGGAUCUUUUUUUGCUGUCUCCAUGGGACUCAGGAUGUGAACAUGGGCAGCCCUCGAACCGGUCUCCAGCGUUGCGACACCUCGAUGAGGUUGUCGACUUUCGGCCACCAGCGUACUGCACCAGCACCAACACUUGGGUCGGGUGCCAGCCAUAACCGAAGCUCUACUUGUAUAGAGAAUGUUUUAGUCUGCGUACCAUUGCCUCCUAAGCUGUUGAGCCUCAACGGACGAUAGCGUCAUGAAUGUGGCCCUCGGGGCGACGGAACCGAAGCUCUUCAGAGAAAUUAUAGUCACCGUACCAUUGCCUCCCAAGCUGUUGAGCAUCAACAUACGAUAGCGUGAUGAACGUGACCUCGCGGUGACGGGGGUACACGUCUUUGAGAGCGACGGCGGCCCUGCUGGACCCACACUUAGCAGUUCAUUCGUCUGUAUCCUGCAAUCAUGGCGUCACUCUAUGAACUGUUGGCAUGCAAGUGGGCUACCAUAGACAGCGAAUGUAGUAGUAGAAACAUGCGCACACCGUUUGAUCUCGGGUGUUGCUGUGGGAGCUGCCAACUUUAUGUUACAUACAGGCACUCUAGAACGUGGUGCAUGUUGAUGGCAUCGGUAUGUGUUGGAGGUGCAUGCUGGAGGUUGAAUCGCGGGGAGACACACACGUAGUCAAGGCAAGUUUGCAUCGUCCUUUGCGUUUGAAGUGCAUGGUGAGAAUCAUCUUUUGUCUUAUCCGGAGCUUUCACCCCCCCCCGUGCGGCACUUCCUUUGGGCUCGAAGUGGGAAUUUGUACGUCAUUCGUGGGUGACGGGUAAAGGCAGCACCUCCAACAGAUCGGGACAGUAUCGGCGGGCUUCCACGCACUAAAUCGUCACGCGUGCACAGCGAUGAAGCCUCGGCCGCCGUUCCGACACGCGCGAGCGAUAGAC